CUCUCUAUUCUUUAAUUUGAUCGCCACAAAUCACCUCCGCCUGUCGCCGAUCGCCACCUUCACACCACCGCUGCAUUUCCCCCACCACCACCAAUCAACUCCGGGUUCAGAUAAUGAAAUUAGGAUUAGUGAUUUGUUGCUGAACUGAUUUGGUUGGAUUAUAGUUUAUACAUACACCAUAGAAAUAUGUUGAACAAAUUUAUGAAACGAGGGCAACGGAAGCCCUCGAAAUCUGAUACUGAUACUUAUGGGUUUACUCCUCCUGGAAACCGGAAUUCCGAGUCUGUUUCCACUUCCAAUGUUGUCGUAAAUCACGCAUCUCGUGGUGGUGCUCCUCCUGUCGCGAACAGUAUAGGUCAACAACAACAACAGACGCAAAGUGGAACAUCGAUUCCUCCUGCUCCAACUGGAACUAUUGAAUCCUUGCCGAUGUUUAGAGAUGUUCCAGUAUCGGAACGACAACAGUUGUUUCUCAGAAAGUGUCAGGUUUGCCGUUUCCAAUUUGAUUUCACAGACACUUUAAAAAUGGUUCGGGAGAAGGAGAUUAAAAGGCUGAACCUUGUGGAGCUUGUGGAUUAUGUCCAAUCCGGUUCUGGUAAAGUCACUGAGAGCAACCAAGAGGAGAUGAUUCAAAUGAUUUCAGUAAACAUCUUCAGGUGUUUACCACCGAGCUCCCAUGAACAUACAGGAACUGAAAACAUUGAAACAGAAGAAGAAGAACCUUAUCUCGAUCCAUCAUGGUCACAUCUCCAACUUGUUUACGAGCUUCUUUUAAGGUAUGUUGUAUCAUCAGACACUGAUGCCAAAGUUGCAAAGCGUUACAUCAAUCAUUCCUUUGUUUUAAAGUUACUCGACAUGUUUGAUUCUGAAGAUCCACGUGAACGUGAGUAUCUAAAAACAAUCCUACACCGAAUCUAUGGCAAGUUUAUGGUUCAUCGCCCGUUUAUCAGGAAAGCAAUCAAUAACAUCUUUUACAGAUUCAUCUAUGAAACACAAAGGCAUAAUGGAAUUGGUGAGUUGUUGGAAAUACUUGGGAGUAUAAUAAAUGGAUUUGCAUUACCAAUGAAAGAGGAGCACAAGUUGUUUCUUGUUAGGGCACUUAUACCUCUCCAUAAACCUAAGUCAAUUGCUAUGUAUCAUCAACAACUUUCCUACUGUAUUACUCAGUUUGUAGAAAAGGAUAAUAAGUUAGCAGAUACUGUUAUAAGGGGUUUGCUUAAAUAUUGGCCUAUUACUAAUUGUCAAAAGGAGACUCUUUUUCUUGGAGAACUUGAAGAGGUUUUGGAAGCUACACAAGCUGCAGAGUUUCAGAGAUGUAUGAUUCCUCUUUUUAGACAAAUAGCUCGGUGUCUUAAUAGCCCUCAUUUUCAGACAGCAGAGAGAGCUUUGUUUCUGUGGAACAAUGAGCAUAUUGUGAGCUUAAUUGCUCAAAACAGAAACACAAUCUUACCAAUUGUGUUUGAAGCUUUGGAAAACAACGUUCAAUCUCAUUGGAAUCAAGCUGUUCAUGGAUUAACAGUGAAUGUGCGCAAAAUGUUUCAAGAAAUGGAUUUCAAAUUGUUUGAAGAAUGCCAAAAACAGUUUGCUGAAAAACAGGCAAAUUCUCAGCAAGCAGAAGAACAGCGUCAAAUAACAUGGCAAAAGAUAGUGGAUGCUGCUGCUGGUGGGACCCACCAAAUACACUAACAAGUAACAAGUAACAAAUCUUUGUUUGUUGAUGAUGUGUUUGUUUGUUUGUUUGUUCUACGGUUUAUGUGGUUAAACAUCAAAAGAUUAUUUUGCUAAAGGAAUGGUGUAAUUCUAGACAGCAUAUUAAUAUAUACUUUUUUUUUUCUUUGAACAA